GGUUGAAUACGGGUGGAAGGAGCAACAGCGCUUUCUGGACUGCACUGAAAACAUGGAGUCGAGGGGAUGGCACCUUUCUUUUCUAUGUGUUGGUAUUUUAACUUUUCUGAGCCGCUGCACGCAGGGACAGGCGACUGGCGAUUGCCCCGCUGAUGGACGAACAUGGGUGCCCUUUGGCAAAAGCUGCUACCACUUUGUACAUGGAGAAGAGGAUAUCCCCAAAAGUUAUACCAUUGAAAGAGCUAAAGAGAUUUGCAGUGGCUUCAGUACCAGCCUUCUAACAGUUCGGAGUGCUGAAGAAAACAGUUUCAUCGCUGACUAUAGCUCAAAGGUGUGGAAAGGGAGCAUCAAUAUCUGGCUGGGAAUGUACUAUGACAGUGAUGUUGAUGCAUUUAAAUGGAAUGAUAAUUCCCCUUUGACCUUUAACAAAUGGGAGGAGGUGGGUGAAGAAGAUCCAGAGCAGCCCCUGAUAGACACGUGUGUGAUACUGCACGUUGCCUCUGAGAUGUGGGAGAACGUCAGCUGCUCUGAAAAUCCAGAGAACGGAGUAGUGUGUGAAACACUCCAGAAGACUGUGGUGCCAGUGAAUAAGAAUGGCAGUCCUGUCCUCUCAGCUCUGGUCAUUGUGAGUGUGAUUUUAAUUUUGGGGAUAUCUGCAUUUGUCUGGUUCAUCCAACAAAGGAGCAACUCCGGUUCAACCUUGCUUCCCUCCUUUGAGUACCAUCCUCCUUUUGGAGCGCCCUCCGCUGACCAGACCUGCCUGGUGGAGGCUGAAGAGAUUGAAGAAACUUCCUAAAGAGUCCUGGAGUAUACUGAUGCUGUUGAGUUUUCAGCGAUGCUCUGAAGAUUAAACAACACUUUGGAAGAGUGUGUGUAUACUGCAGGAAGAUCAUCUGUUGUGUUUAGCUAUGCUGAAUUAACAAAGGGCUGUUGUUUUUGGUGUGUUUAGUGAAUAUGCUCAGUUGACACCUGUCACUUUUUUCACUUUGGUUGAUCCAGAGUUUUGUCAAGGGUUUAUAAACCUAAUUUCUAACAAGCGAGAGGAGGUUGUGGGUGAAUUUUGCUUGUUAUUGUGAGAGUUAGUGGUUGUCUAAAUUUACAACAUGUUGGUUCGUAUUCAUGUCAACAGUGUUACAGCUUUGUAUGGGUAAGUGGAGCAACACUAAUGGUGGUAUGGGGUUUUGAUGCAAUGGACACCAUCUGAUUGUGAAUGUUCCAUGUUAAGAUUAUAAGUGUCAAAUUUUCCCAAAGAAUUGAAUGUUAUUGAGAGGGAGUUUAAAGCCAUUUAUCUUUAAUAUUAUUUUUGUGUUUUUCAACUUUUGCACCUUCUCCUCCAUUCCCAAAACAAUUGUCCCAUUCUGAGCUAAUAUUAUGUAUAUUUCUGAGCCAAUAAUAGAGAAUGAAAUACAAAAAAAAUUGAAAGUAUAAAAUUAUUUUUAACUGUUUGUUUACAUGGUGUUUAAGCACCAUGAAUUUCCCUCAGUGUUUAAAGAAAAAAAGAUAUGUAAUAAUGAUCUCUUAAGAUCUCUAUUUUUUUUUAAAGAAAUCUUUCAGUGUGCAAUUAUUGAUGUUUCUUUUUGAUGUUUUCCUGCAGGAUCUGCCCAUUCUAAUUAGAAUAUUAUUGUUAUUAAAUAUUAUUGUUCGACUUGGUAUAAAGAGGUGCCUUAGAAAGCUGAGAUUUAAUGAUCAUGAAUGCCAAUUACGUUUCCCUUUUUUGCAUCUGAAUCAGGGCACAUAUGCAUCACUUUAUUGGUGAUAUUUUUAUUCAUUUAAGGAUGAAUAAGGAAAGUUCUUUGAUUAGCACUUUUUCCUGAGAUGUUCUGGACCUGUGGCUGGGAGAUUGGGAUCAUGCAGCAUGAUCUCUUACAAUGAUUUUGUUUUUACAAUGAUUUUUGCUUGAUAUUUCCUGUCUGAAAUCCAGGGGUUUGUCUUUGUGAAUAUGUAGCUAUGUGUUUUGUGAAUUCUUUGCUUUUCUGUAGGUCACACAGCUUUUGUGGUUAAAAUAAAUUUGUCAAUGUUUUUACUAA